GAUGGGUAUAUUUGGGACUACAUGUUUGGACAUUGUUUCUUUACUUUCUUCUGUGAUUAACUCGAUUACCGGAUAUUGAAUAACCUUGCGAUAAGCAUCGAAGUUUUUAAUCCUACAGCUUGAUCGUUGCGUGUUGGAACUUGGAUUUCUCGAUUUGAUUCAUUGUUUACCUUGAAUUGGACGGAUCAUCUACUUCCUUAUCUGUCUGAUUUACUCCCUUCUCAAAUCCCAUCCCAUCCCAUCAUCUCACCUCGCCUCACCUCACCAUGUCUCCCCAACCCUUCAAAAUCUCCAUUCCCCAAGCUAAAAUUGAUACCCUCAAAACUAAGCUUUCACUCGCCGAAUUCCCCGACGAACUCGACAGUGCAGAAUGGGAUAUGGGUGUUCCGUUGUCCGAUAUGAAGCGGCUGACGAAAGCGUGGGAGAAAUGGGAUUGGAGAGUUGCGGAAAAGGAUUUGAAUAGGAAGUUGGAGGGUGCACAAUUUACGACGGGGGUUGAGGUUGAUGGGUUUGGAGAGUUGGAUGUGCAUUUUGUGUGGCAGAAGAGUGAGGUGGUGGGGGCGGUGCCGUUGCUCUUUGUGCAUGGCUGGCCAGGAUCAUUCUUGGAAGUUGUCCAGCUUCUUCCACUUCUUCAACAACCAGGAGGUCCAGCAUUCCAUAUUGUUGCCCCUUCACUUCCCAACUAUGGCUUCAGCGAAGGAGUCAAGAAACGUGGAUUUGCAGUAGCUCAGUAUGCGGAAACUUGUCAUAAAUUGAUGUUGCAAUUGGGUUAUGAUGAAUAUGUUACGCAGGGUGGAGAUUGGGGUAUGUUUAUCACCAGAGCAAUUGGGAAAUUGUAUCCUAAGCAUUGCAAGGCAAGCCAUAUCAACAUGGUCAUCGGGCAAGCUCCCGCCUCCCAAGAGGAAUCCCCAUCCUAUUCGCAAGCCGAGCAGGAGGGAUUCGCUCGGACCAAGUGGUUCGAAGAGGAAGGCCGCGGAUACUAUGCGGAACAAGGCACCAGGCCGCAAACACUCGCCUACGCACUGCACGAUUCCCCCGUCGCAUUACUCGCGUGGAUUUAUGAGAAACUCCACGAUUGGACAGAUGCCUAUCCAUGGACCGAUGAUCAAAUCUUCACCUGGAUAUCUAUCUACCAAUUUUCUCGUGCGGGCCCCGGAGCCGCUCAUAGGAUUUACUAUGAAUUUACGCAUACGCAGCCUGGGGAGGGAAAAGUGACGAGGGAUGAUGUGUCGAAUUAUAUUGGGGAGGUGAAAUUGGGAUUGACGUUUAAUCCGAAGGAGUUGGUGGUGUUACCCAAGACGUGGGGGAGAACGUUGGGGGAUGUAGUUUUUGAGAGUGAUAAUUUGGAGGAAGGGGGAGGUCACUUUUAUGCGCAUGAGAAACCGAAGUUGUUGGCGAGGGAUCUGAGAGGGAUGUUUGGGAAGGGGGGUGGAGCGUUUGGGGUGGUGAAGGGGAAGAAUGGGUAUGAUUGA